AUGGACAAGUUGACAGAUGAGGUCAGGGAGGAGUCUCUGUGGACCAUGAUGUUCGUAGAUGACAUUUUGAUCUGUAGUGCGAGUAGGGAGCAGGUAGAAGAGGGAUUAGGGAGGUGGAUGUAUGCACUGGAGAGUGGAGCCACGGGAGGAAGAGGAGGAGGUAGUGGUGGGCUGGGGACAGUGGCAGGCCCAGGGGUGGGGACAUGGCCGUGGGGGGGCCGGAUCCCGUCCUCCACUCUGCACCGGGACAGGCGUUGGGGCUGGGGGUCCUGGAGCGGGGGUGCAUCCAGGGGAGCUCCAAGACUCUCCGAGCUCAGGCCCUGGUUGAGCGGAGGGGUGGUUACAGGUGGAGGUGGCACUGGAGGAGGUGGAGCAGAGAAAGGAGGCAGGGUGAGAUGUUCCCGCAGAAUCUGGGUUCUCCUCGGCUCCCUGGUUCUCAUCUUUCUCACUUCCCUCUUUUUGUCCGUGUCCCUUCGCGGGGGCGUCGGUUUCAACUACCUGGAACCACCUGGGUGGGAGGAGUCGAGGCGUGUGAAGUUAGUGCCCAGCUACAUGGGUGUACACCGCCUGUCGUCACCUGAUGCCCCACAGCAGAAGACGUGUGCCUGCCCGCGCUGUGUCGGGGACCCCGGGGUUUCUGAUUGGUUCGAUGAAAACUACGACCCAGAUAUCUCCCCUGUUUGGACCAGAGACAACAUGCAGUUGCCCUCUGAUGUCUACUACUGGUGGGUGAUGUUACAGCCCCAGUUUAAACCCCAUAGCAUCCAGCAGGUGCUGCUGAGGCUGUUCCAGGUGAUUCCUGGAAGGUCACCGUACAGCUCGUGGGAUCCGGGACGCUGCCUGCGCUGCGCUGUGGUGGGGAACUCCGGAAACCUCCGCGGGGCCAGAUAUGGAGCAACCAUUGACGAUCACAACUACAUCAUGAGGAUAAAUCUGGCCCCCACGGUGGGCUACGAGGAAGACGCAGGCAGCCACACCACACACCACUUCAUGUACCCAGAGAGUGCCAAAAAUCUGGCAGCCAACGUCAGCUUCGUCCUUGUUCCCUUCAAAACACUGGAUCUCGUUUGGAUCACCAGCGCGCUGUCCACGGGCCAGAUUCGAUUUACUUACGCUCCAGUGAAGCAGUUCCUCCGUGUAGAUAAAGACAAGGUUCAGAUAUUCAACCCAGCAUUCUUUAAGUACAUCCACGACCGCUGGACAAGACAUCACGGCCGCUACCCAUCCACUGGGAUGCUAGUGCUGUUCUUUGCUCUGCACGUGUGUGAUGAGGUGAACGUGUUUGGUUUCGGGGCGGACAGCCGAGGAAACUGGCACCACUACUGGGAGCAGAACCGCUACUCCGGAGAGUUCAGAAAGACCGGCGUCCACGACGCAGACUACGAAGCCCAGAUCAUUGAGCGACUGGCCAAGGCCGGCAAAAUCACAGUAUUUCCUGGGAAAUAACCAGCCAAACAUCCUGCAUAUAUCUAAGGUUUAGUGUUAGAGGACUGGUUCAGCAAACAGACACUAUACAGGCUGCUUACGUCGUGUUUUUGCUUUCACUUGCCUGCACGAGUUUAGGUUCUCAGUUGAAGUAAAACCAAGUGCUUACUGGAGACGAGACAAAAUGAUCACAGUCGGCACUUAACACAUGAGGUGAAAAGCAGUUACUCCAUUCACUUUCCCCUCAUAAUAAAGAAGAUGCCCCCUCUUGAGGCUGGAUGUUAAGAAACCAGGAACAGGUAUUGCGUAGAUCCAGUGUGACUUUUUUCACUGAUCCAAAUCGAGAGUUGAGCCUCAAAUUAGAUGUAAAAAGGCUCAGGAUUUCACCUGGGCUGCGUUAGGCCAAGGACAGCACAAACACAGGAGUGUGGGCUGGACAGCCAGGGAGACUUAAUCAGUGUCAGUAAAUACAGACUUUGUUUUGCAGCAUGGAGGAUGCUGGAGGAGGAGUGAUCCCAGAAACAGAUGUUCCACUUUUGGACUAAAUCCGGAGGAAAUAUUCACCUUGGAUGACGACCUAAUCCUCAAUAAAAAACAGAGGCACAGUAUCCUAUGUGCUGAAAAGACAACAGAAGCAGAACCGGCAGUGUCAAGAGGAUUGUCGUUCCCCUUCCCUGCUGUGGACAUCAGGAAGUGCAUGCCUUCAGACAAGGCUGUGGUGACAGGCACAAAAGUGUAAUGUUGGACAUUCAAAGGACUCCAGUACUUCUACAAACCACUUUAGAAACAAUUGUUCUUCUCGGAUCUUGACGUUCUUUACUGUUAAAUUUCCAAUUUAUGUGGGUUCUCAACAUGUUCUGGACUUUCUGCGAGACAGUGUUACGAGGUCUGUGUGACAGUGGUGGGUUGUAAAAUGGUUCCUUAUAAGACAGCAUGUGAUUGCUGUGGGUUUAUAGCAUAUGACUGUCCUCUAAAGCCCCCAGGGUCCUUACCAGUCUCAGCAAGGGAUUAGCACCGUGCAGCUGACCCACAGAAGCACAAUGGAGACUUUUGCCUUUGAGCUAUUCUGACUCAGAAAGAUUACUGCAGCACUAGCACCACAUCCUGUUUUUAAAUGCCACAACGACUACAGGCCCCUGCUACAGUCUUUAUUCACAUUCAGACUCGGAGAGAAAAUGUUCUGGGAGAGUGUUGAUUUGACUGUGCUGAGGCCAAGAGUCCACCUCCGGGGAUUUCAUGUUUGGAUGGAGGCAUGCGAGUUUCCGGGCCCGAGUUUAAUCCUCAUGUGGUCUGUCCAGGUCUAAUUUGGGAGAAGAGGACUGAAAACAAAGAGCUGGGGCUUAUAGAACCAGACUGACAAAGCCAGCAUGAGAAGCAGAAAAAGAAAAAGAAGGCCGUUUGCUGUUGUUUGUGUGCAGCCACAUGCACGGUUCUACACAGAUUGUGCUCACCGCUCUGGUUUGGAAAGGACAGAGAAGCUAAGACUCCAUCCAAACUCCCGCACCUCAGUGGAAUUAGAGACUGUUGGGAGCACUUCAUCCCAAAUUAAGGACCAUUUACUGGAGUGAAAGAAACCUCCACCAGAUAAUAGAAGUAUUAACAUGUCAGUUGCUCAGCUUCAUUAACAAUUAGCCCCAGUCCCUGUUUGACCAAUUAAAACUUUCAGCUACGUCUGGAGGGGGUGGAGCUACCAGUCGCCUUACACUUGACCUCUCUACCAUAAAACUGCACUUCCUGUCCUGUUCUUUUCGUCAUGCUGACAUUUCCCCUCCGCAGAGCGCAGAUUUCAUGCUUAAGUUUUGUUUGAUUGGCUGGAUUUACAGUUUCACCUCAGAAAAAAACAUACUAGUGAUUUACUCGUCGAUAUUCACCACCUUUAACAUAGUUUAGGAUGUGCUGCUAGACAGUUUUUAGAGCAGAGGUAGACUGAUUAUUUGGUUUGAGCUGAGGCUGUAAAUCCAUCCAAAGAUGGCAGCAUGGAGAUGUGGUUAUAAAGACGCAGGUGGAGGCUGAAAAAGGGAAGGCACUCAAGGUUCCUACACAGGUCUGAAAAAACUUAAAGGGGACCUAAUAUGCUUUUCUUUAUUUUCUGUCAUAUACUAUAUAUUAUAUAUAUAGUAUAUAUACAUCUAUGUAUAGUAUUACAAAUGUGGAUGCCCAUAUUAAAUGUUGCCAAAUUUUCAAACAGUAAAGUAAGCUUAGGUGACAGUAACUGCUGUGAGCUCUAAGCUUAAGUAUUUCACUGCUCUAAAUGCUUAGUUUCAAUUUUUUUUUCUACUCUUGUGUCUAGCUGAUGUCAGCUUGACACAUAUUUCCUUAUAUGGUCAACCGUAGCUCUGGCUCUUCCUAAGGUGAGGAGACAAACAUAAGAGCCCGGGGGGGGCUUAAAGAGACAGUGGCUAAAAUGUUGCAAUGAGGGGCUGUGAUAAAAAGGAAAAUGCAUUCCUGUCAGACCUGAAGGACACACACACACACACACACACACACACACACACACACACACACACACACACACACACACACACACACACACACACACACACACAGAGUUUUGAUGAGUACCAGUGAGUGAAAACAAAAACUCUGCGGUGCUGCUUUAAUUCUGCCUGAGGCUCCCAAAUUUCACCAGGACAGUGUUUUUAUGCUUUUUAAACUUUAUUUCCACUCACAUUUUUACAAAUCUGGCUUUCCUAUUUUAACCCAUAAAACACAGGCAUGACACAAAAAAAAAACAAAAAAACAAACUUGUCAGGACCUUUAAUGCUGCUCUGUGAGAAAAGUGCCAGGUACAGCUUGAAUAUUUUUUUCUUUAUGAGUCACUGUGUAUUUAGUGACUCAUAAUGUGGCAUGCGCUGAGUUAAAAUAACAAAUCUGACACCCUCCUAAAAAUGGUUAUGAAGGAACUGAGAGUGCCAGCGUCUGCAGCACCUGCUACAUCCAUGUGAGAUAAAACCUGUGUGAGAGCAGGUGCAUCUCUUCAAAAUUGUUGCCAUAACUUCGGGGAUGUCAUACGCUAACAUUAUGAGGGUUGUUUUUAGGUAUUUUAUGUUUUACAUGUAGUUUAACCAUCACUUUUGCUUUAAAGGGUACCUAUCAUGCUUUUCCUUAUUAUCUGUAUAUACUGUUACAUUGGUGGAUGCUCAUAUCAAACAUGGCCAAAAUAUCAAACACUGAGGUCACAAACUCAAGCUUCACUCUGCUCUAAUCACCCAGUUUCACGCAGUUUUUCUACUCUUGGCUUUGUAUGAUGUCAUAAACAGGGGAUAUCCCUAAUAUGGUCAUCUUAGCUGCAGCUACAGGAGUCCAUUCAUUCCACAUGCUGGGAUUAUCUACAGCUAGAAGAGAGCUGGCUUAAAGGGAGAGGAGCUAUCACAGCUUGUUUCAGACAGUGGAUGAACUGAGGGGCUUCACCAAGUCCCAGUAUGAGAUGAAUAAGGAUUAUUUUGAACUGUGAAUCAUGCAAAGCUACUCUUACAGCCUGAGAACUGGAAAUGAGCAUAAUAGGUCCGCUUUAAGCUGUGCCUCUGCUACUGAUACCAGCUCUGUUGGUGUAUUACUGUAUUAUCGUUGUACUUGAUUUCAGUGUUUUUAUUCUAUUUUGCACAUUUAACAGGAUGCUUUGGUGUUGCUGUGGACAUACUGUUUGUGUUUGUUUUUCUCUUUGUCACACACACACACACACGCACACUCAUGCUUUUGUGCCUUGUCCUGCUGCUGGACGUCCUCGCGCCUACAGCUGCUCCACGGGCAACACACACCUGCUACCGUUUGCCAUUUUUCCUCCACAAACAUGUGCGCACACACACAUACACACACACACGCACAUCUUCUGGCUGAGAACUGUGCCUUCAGAGCUGUAUAUACACACACCUUCGUGAAACACACUCUUCUGCCUUCUGCUCACGGUACAGACGUCUCUGUACUGCUUUGUACACUGACAGUGUUUCCUAAAGAUGGCUGUAGGCUGAGGGAGAGGAUAUAAAAUCGUGAUGCGGCGUGACUCGUGGUGAAUUCAUAUUAGGCCCUUUGCUUCUUUUUGGGACACAGUCGAUGCUUUUGAGGCAUGAAAGACGGUAGACAGAGAGAGCUUGAAUCUGCUGGAUUCAAGCCCGUGACACUGCAGGUACCUGUCCUGUUUUUGUCUCUUUUGAAGCACGCAGUGACUGUAGAACAGCAGAUGGAGACGAUGACAAAGCAGCUAAAAUUUUAGACGCAGCACCGUCACGCUGCCGUGGUGAACUUGAGCCUGGUUUUGAUUUUUUUUUUUUUGUUUGUUUGUUUUUCCAGCUGCCCCAUUCAAACUGAAUCUGCAAGUUGUUGUAGAGAUAAAACAGCUUUUAUGCAUUUUUUUUUUGUCUCCCUGCCAGCGAUGUAACACACCCCUAUCAAAAGUAUUAAAGGUUAACUGUACCCUCUAACAGAGCAGACCCUGUUCCAGCACUGAAAUCAGAUUCCUGGCUCUCGGCUGUAGACCAGAAUAUUGUGAUGGAAAGAGAUAAAGUGGCAGGGUGAUCCCUUUCGGGUGUAGCUGCCUAAAUUAGUGUGAAGUCCCCACCCCACCCCCACCCCACCUACAAAACAUGACACAGAUCUGAGUGUUCCCUGUUGUAUUUCUAACUCAAAGUAGGCCCUUUCUCCCAUCUCUGACCCAGUGCUCUCAUUUUUCUUUUCUCCUGAAGAACCAAUUUUCUGGUUAGGUUCUGCGUCGUAGCUUUUUAAGGAGCAGUUGAUAGCAUUUGAGCUAAGUCUGUGCAUAUCUUUUUUUUUUUUUUUCCCCAGCAACAUGACAGUUGUUGCAUGUCCAGGCUGUGUGAGGUUUCCUCAGGUGAAAUUUGAAUGUGUGGUUCACUCCACAGAUAGUGGCAGAAAUGUAAAUAACUUACAGGAAGUGCUGAGUUUAUGCCCCAGCCUAAGCUGGACUGAUUUCCUCCAAAUGUGCACUGUUGUUUUGCUUUUAAAAUCCAGGCCAGACUACCCCAGCCAUCCCUGCGCUAAAAGCUGCUUUGUUCGUGCUGUCAGUGGAAUCCAGGUCCCUGAUACAUCCUGGACUAUUUUUACUCCGUUUUGUCUCACAUGCUAUGUGCUGCUGCUGCUUGGUGAAGCCACAAACAUCACCCAAUUACAGAUCGCCUGAAACUAUGUUAUCGAGCUUUGUGACGCUGCAGAGGGAGUUUAUCGCAGUUUCCAUUUUUCCUGGAUAGGAACGGGGCACUUUGGACUAAUUAGCUGGAUUGUUUGUGGGGUAAUCAAACAGAGUGAGUGAGGGGAAUUAAGACCACUUCAAAGCACCUGAUCGGCAAAAAAAGGAAGAACUGGAAACUGAUGUUUAUAGCGUCGCAUGCACGUGUGGUUUGACUUUGGAGGGAAAAUCGGAAAAUUCUACUAAACCAAAUCAUCUAGAAAAUGACUUAAAUUUCAGUUAUGAUCAUUUUAAUUGCGGAUUGCAGAAACAUGCAUUAGGAGACUUGGCUGCCACGCAGCGAUACUGCAGAAGUAUUGUUAUGGCACUGAACUGCAAAGUAAUAAAAGUUGGUGCUUUUGAGUGGUUUACACGCCUUUGGCCUCCUCCGAUUUUCUGCCCAUCGAUAUGACGACACAGUUUGGGAGGAGGGCCAGGGGAGCCAAUCAAACUUCAGGUGGGGUGGAACACAGAGCCUGUAUAUAAAAGAUAGAAGUAGUCACUGUGAUGUCACUCAUCAGUUAGUGAACUGUUGUGAAGCUUCAAGAUGAGCACUUUGUAUCUGACUGUGACUCUGAAGGACAUCACUGAUUGGCUAACGAUGUGUCUGUCGCGCAGAAGAGCAUACUCUGCUUUAUCAUUCUUCUGGAGACUAAUGAGGACCACACUUUAAUUUUCGACCCAAACUUACGUCCAUCUUUUAUAUACAGUCUAUGCGGCCAUAGGCGGGCUUGUCAGGAAACACAACAGUGUUUGUCACUACAUCAAUCAAUAAAUGAGCUUUAGAGGCACUAGUAGGUAGCCAGACUGGCCAUUUAGAGUCUUUGUGCUACUGUCAUUUAUAACAAAUAUAAGCCUGCUUUAAAGAAAAAAAAAAAAACUCUUAAAUUCAUCACUGAGUUUAAGUUGACAGAAACUGAGAAAAUUGGAUCAAUUUGUGGUUGUCUAGCAGAGGUGAAUCAUAAACAAUCUGUGCCAGAUUAAUAGUUUAAUACAGCUCACAUCCUCUCAUUCUGUUUCUUUCCAUUUGCUGUGGGUGAAGCUGUGUGUCACUGUGAGGUAAUGGAGAAUAGCUUUGUGCGGCGGGGACAGGCAUUUCACUGGCUGUUUGAAAAAGAGCUUACAGGAACAAAUAUAUCAUGAUCAAAACACUGCCGGUGCUGGCUGUUGGCAUUGUUACAUCGCACGCUCCUCCUGCCAGCCUGCUGAGGUGGGAACAGCCACAAGCGGCUCCUUCCUCAUCAGUUCACUGGUCUGCAUUGAACAGAAACGGCUCGUUAGCAGCAGCAGCAGCAGUCAGCGAGCUGCAGACAGCCCAUGUCAGACCGUCUCCGUGGAUUGUAAAGCCAACAUUCAUACAUACCUCUGUUAGCUGUUGUCAGUGCUCUACAGUGAGCUAGACAAAACACCAGACUUAUCAAGUAGGCUUAAAGGCUGCUUAGUGAAUGCAUCUGUCGUUACAGCAAAAUGAGUAGUCAGAUAUUUAAACAGUAACGUUUGGAGGGGUAAAACAUUUCCAUGUGGGCGGUUUCCUGUUCCUGCUGUCUGGAUUUGUCGUCGUCUAGUCUCGGCUUUAUUGUCUCAUCCCUUGGUAGGACAAGGUGUAUUUACUGCACUCAAACAUCUGUAUGAUAUGUGAACAGACUCUUUGUAUCUUAUGCCAUUGUACAAAUAAAAGCUUCAUGAAACAUGA